AUGUACCUCGGUUUUGAGGUCACGGUUCGGUUCAUUUUCGGUACAGUAAAAAAACAAAAUGCAAAAUAUAAAUGUGCUAGUUUUUUAUUACACACUUUUGUGCUUUCAACAAUAGGAACAUUAGCCUAUACAAAGCUAGAAUUCUGCUCAAAAAGUAGCGGGUAUUUAAAGAUAAUCCAACAACAAUUUGCCUUUCAGACCCCACGUAUUGGUCAGCUUUCUUUCUGAAAGAAAGAAGAAAAAAGAAAUCCUGUGCUAAAGAGAAAAGCAAUCCCAAUGACAAAGAUUUUACAAAUGAAGUGCCUCAAUGAAACAUUUUUUUUUUUAUGAACGGUUUUUAAAAGCUUUAUUGGUGGAUUUUCUCAAGUUAAAGCACCACACAGAAAUUAAUAAAUUUAAUUGUGUAAGCAGGAUGUGUGUAUUAUUCUUAUUAUUUGAUUACAGGUGUUCUCGCUCAUUUCAAUUUAUUUUAUUUAAAUGGGCUAUUAUUUAUUUUAUUAUGUGUUUAUAUUUUACAAAUGUGAUGUAGUAUUCAUUUAUAUUGUAUAUUUUAUGAUGUAUAACCUAAGUUCCUAUGUGAAUAUUAGUUCCUACUUGUUUUGUUGUGGUAGGAGGAGGGCUUUGUAUUGAACACGGGGCCGUGUUGGUUAUCAUUAUAGCAGAGAAGACAGCUGUAAAUCAACAAAGACACGUCAUCUGUGCCCUGAUCUACCACUCAAGAGAUCUGAUGGACUCAAAAACUUGCCACUAUCAAGAGUGAGUCUCGUUUGAAGCAUCUUCUACAGAGGUUGCCAAGUUACUGUCCAGAGUCUAUGAAUGAGCUGUGGGUUUGUAUCAACUCUACACUUCCAGGAGUAUCAAGAAAGUCGGACAGCUGGGCAGGGCUUGGUUGCUGUGAGCUGGCUAUCUCAUCUGAGUGCCGCAGGGAAUGCAGACAGGCAUCAUCCAAAAAUGACCUAACAAAAGUAUGCAAAAAAGUCACUGAGAAUCCUCUACACAGCUGCAUUACCAAAAAUGAAAUGGGCUCCACAUGCUGCAGCUAUGCCGGGCGUCACACCACCUGUAGGGAGUACUGUCAAGCCAUCUUCAGGACUGACUCGACUCCCACCGUGUCUCAAAUCAAUGCCGUCAAAGAGUACUGUCAGAGCCACAGUGCUCAACUCCUCAGUUGCGUCAGCAAUUUCACCAAGUCCUACCCAAUACGCAGUCCUAUAGACAGUCUGUACUGCUGUGACCGAGCAGAGGCUCCACACUGUCAGUCUGCUUGCCGCCGAAUCCUCCGUACCUUGAGCACAGAGCAUGAGAUAAUGGAAGGUUUGAUCGAAGAGUGCGGCUCCCAGCCUCUCCCCCAAGAUCCCAUGUGGCAGUGCUUUCUGGGAAGUGCUCAUCCCCCAUCCCCAACUGAAAAAGAAGUCCCACAUCCUGCCAAAAUGGACUGUGCCAAACUGCACUGCUGCUCCAAGGCCAACACCUCACUCUGCAGGGACAUGUGUCAGGAAAUUAGCACAAAUUGGGGAAGCCAGACAUGGCAAGACUUUGAUCAACUGUGUGAGUACAACCCCGUGGAGACUGAACUGAACAACUGCCUAGCUGAUGUCAGAGAGCCCUGCCAGUUGGGAUGCAAGGAUCUCUCCUACUGCACCAACUUCAACAAUAGGCCUACAGAGCUGUUUCGCAGCUGCAACAUUCAGUCAGACCAAGGAGCUAUGAAUGAUAUCAAGCUGUGGUCCAAUGGAACAAUUAAGAUGCCUUUUAUGAACAUUCCUGUGCUAGACAUCAGGAAGUGUCUGCCGGAUAUGUGGAAGGCAGUUGCAUGCUCUUUGCAGAUCAAACCAUGUCAUAGCAAGUCCAGAGGGAGCGUCAUUUGCAAGUCAGAUUGUUUAGAAAUCCUGACCCAAUGUGGGGACAGAAAACGUUUCCACGAGGGACAAACUCCUGAGGGGAUAUGUGAGCUGCUGUCACCCAUUGAUGACCCUGAACGCUGCAUCCCCCUCCACAGAUACCUCACCCCUAGUUCUCUGGGAAACAGUGUUGUUGAAGAGGUCAUCCAUCCAUGCAACCCUAACCCGUGCCCAAGCAACCACUUAUGCCAGGUGAACAGAAAAGGUUGCCUUUAUGACCUCAACUGUCAGCCAUUCCUCUGUGUGCCAGGGUGUAAACUCGGCGAGGCGUCCGAUUUUUUGGUGCAGCAGGACGCUCGUUUACAGGUGCCGACUCGCACCGGUCCGGCUGGGUGCUAUGAGGUCUGCACUUGUGGUCCCAGUGGACGCCUGGAGAACUGCGUGGAGAUGCCUUGUGUGGAUACCACUAAGUCUUGCCUUGUGGGAGGACAAAAGAGGAAUCACGGGGUAUCUUUCAAGGUUGACUGUGACACCUGCUUCUGCUUUGCUGGCCACCCUAUCUGUUCUGACAGAGAAUGUCUCACCAUUGAAAGCUCAGAUGAAGAUCGUCUACAUUUUACUGGUCUUCCAUGUAACUGUCCAGACCACUUCAUCCCAGUGUGCGCUUCCAACGGCCGCACAUACCCAAGUGCCUGUGUGGCUCGCUGUGUGGGUUUCAAGGACCAUCAGUUUGUGUUUGGCCAGUGCCGUUUAACUAACCCCUGUGCCAGUAAACCAUGCCAGAGAAACCAGAGGUGUAUCCCAAAAUAUCAAGUUUGCCUGAGUGACGUGUCGGACUGCUUGCAGUACGAAUGCGUGGGCCGUCAGAUGGCCUGCGACAAAAACAGUCUGGAGCCCGUCUGCGAUACCGACGGUGUCAUUCACGCUAGUCUGUGUCAGCUCCAGCAAGCAGGGAAAACUCUUGCCUAUAUGGGCCACUGUCAGGAAUCCUGCAAGAGUCGGCAGCAAGUUUGUGGCCAAAACGGCGAGACCUAUAAUACGGUGUGUGAGGCCUACUCGGACCGAGUGGCUAUCGACUAUGAGGGACACUGUCAAGCUGUGGGAGCCACGUCAGGAACGGCAGCCGACUCCGCUUGCAGUCUUGUAUCUUGUCCACAAUUGUCACCUUCGGGCUGCAAGCCUGUCACACCCCCAGGGGCCUGCUGUCCAAUCUGUGCCAGUAUGUUGCAGGUGCUCUGGAACAAAGAACAAAUGAACACUUUCUCAAAGUUAAACAGGAACCAGCCAGUGUCUGUCCAUGACGUCCUUCAAAUCCUGCGACUUCACGUGUCCGUCCCGCAGUGUGAUGUCUUUGGCUACCUCAGUAUUGACCACGAGCUGGUGAUUCUCAUUGCUCCUGUGGAUGAGCACCCAACUUCCCUGCAGAUUGAAGCCUGCAGUAAAGAAGCUGAGAAGAUAGAUUCCCUCAUAAACUACGCCAGUCCAACACUCGUUUCCCACGUACCCCUCUCUGCUCUUGUUGCCUCCGAGACUAAGACAUCUUCCGUCAAUUCAUCCGGAGGAACUCUAUUGCCCUUGCACCCUAUCCUGUGCCUUCUACUGGGUCUGUUUAUAGCUGCAGCCUCGAGCCCCCAACAGCUGUAAAUACUCAGUAUUCCCUCCUAUUCUAAUCACUUGUAUAACAGUCUUGCAAAAGGAAGCCAUGGCGGUGCCUCUUGACAAUCAUGAUUGACUCACCAGCGUGUCAAACAAUCAAGGUGGAAAAGCUAUUACUAUGAAAAGCUUUGUAAAUACAGUAUUAUAAGUCGAUGACUUCCUCACUUUAUGUUCUACAAUAUGGUGUGCUCAUGAGUACAUUGUACGUGUGCAUUUUUGAAGCACCUGGCUUAAAACGAUCAGUGUUAAAUCCCAGCAACCAAGCUCUUCUCUAAAAUGUGUUUUGUCAGUAUUGUUUUAGCUAUUAUGUUCUAUUUCAGCCUUUGUGUAUGUGUAUGCAAGUGUGUAUGGAAAAAAACUCAUACUUGGUCGUUGGUGUUAAAAUACAUCCAGAUUUUUAUUGUAUAGAGCCAGCUAUCAAUCAAAAUGUGAGGUAUACCUCAAUUAGCAUUUAAACAACAAGCCUCAACAGUGUUAGAGAUGCUAUUGGUGUUGUAGUAGUUCACAUAGCUCACUUUCAUGCAGCCGGUAUGUGCAGGGUGAAGUAAAAACUUUCCUUGUGACCACGUGGUAGAAAAAAAGGAUUUAAUUGAUAUUUUGGAUAUCUUUAGUUUAGUGUGAACAUCCUUCACACAUUGCUUCCUUUUUAUUACCAAAGACAAUCUAAAAAAGAUGUGCGGAUGACAAAUCACCCAAUCCGUAGGAGGUUAUAAAACCAUAUGUCGAAGGCAAAAAAGAAGGUGAUGGAUGAUUAGUGCCUUUCAAGAUUGCAAGUCAAAAGUGAGUUUAUUCAGCUUGUUUGUACUUUUAUACAAAACACAAAAGUGACCCUUUAGUUAGUUUUAUGUGUAGUGUGGCUUUGCACAUCCUUUGGAUGUCUUCAGGUUCAGGUGUUUUCUUUUUUUUUUUUUUUGUCUAAUGAUCCGAGCCUUUGUAUAAAAAUCUUGGCACACCCACAAUGAUAAUUCCAAAGAGCAUAUGCUUUGUAUGUAUACGGUAUUACAUAUAGAUUUAGGAGUAUCUGAACAGGGUGAUGUUGUUUUGUGCCAUCUUGUUUUUAAUGAUUAAAAACACAAGAAAAGUUGUCUUAUUACAUGAGCCUGUAUUACUGUUGUGAUUAUUAUUGGGUUCCAUGUGUCACCAUUUGUGAAUUCACCCAUUCUUUAGUUUCUAAUCCAUCCUCUGUUAUUCGUUAAUAUUUGUAGGCAGGCCAAAGCCUUUUGUAGUAUACGUGUACUCUUUUGAUGCAAUCUUAUUGCAUCCAUGUGCCAAGUAAUAUGUUGAAGUAGGGGGAUGGGCAUUAGCAUGUGAUGAUAUGUGACUUUUGUUUGGGAAUAUGAAGGUUUGUAAAAUUAGGAAGACACCAUCUUGGACUAUGGUUUGUAAAAUGAAAAAAAAAAUCGACGCCAUACAAUAUCAUGGUUUUAUUGAUGUGUGCCAAAUGAGGGUUAAACAGUAGGAUUGUAAAUGCAUACUGUAUGUUCUUGUGUGGAAACAUUUUCAACAUUCUUCAUAUCCAGUUUGACGUCCAUGUACUAGUAUGAUCGUAAAAUGGAUAUCAAGAAUAUUAGACAAAUUCUUUCCAUAAAGCCAUUUGAGCAUUAUUUAUUCAAUGUAUCGGAUAAAUGCCCAAAUCACUUUAUGCUCACUCUCCAUCCCAUUUUGUGUCAGGCCAGUAGCUCUUAAGUAUUAAAAGGGAUUUCACCUGUUUGUAAAUUUAAAGUAUAAUAUAGAAGCCAUCUAAUAACCAGACAAUCAGCUUCUCACUACCUAUAGUCCUUUCAGGGUGGAGAAGAUUUCCACUAUAUGCUUUGCAUAUUGUCUUUUGAAGUAUUACUAUUGCAAUAUUUUUUGUUCAGAAAGUUCUCUAUAUUUGAUAAGUAUAUGAAAAAUGUAUCACGUGUGCCAUGUAUUUAAAGAGUUGUUUUUGUGCAUGACGACAUUUGUGUUUAUAUCUAUUUGCUUCACCUAACUGCCUGUACAGCACAUAAGUCCCAGUCUUUAACAGUAUUACUGUACUAGGCAGAUUAGAUCAGGGUACAAAGGAAUAUUAGGGUUACUAUGGGAGGAAGAAAUUAAAAUUGUGAUUUUUUUUUUCACAUUUGAGAAUAAAGUCACAUUGUUUUGAGAAUACAGUCAAGCUUUAUUAUAGAAUGGGAGUCGUAAAAUUAUGGGCAUAAAAUCAUUUUAUAGAAUGAAUGUGAAAAAAAAAAAAUCCCACAUGAAUAUUACGACUGAAAUCUAACUUUGAGAUGGACCGUAUUUAUCACAAAAUGAUGACUUUGUGUGAAUAGUUCAAGUGUCACUGUUGUGUAAAAGUUUCUAUUCUCCAUUACAGGAAACCUCACCUGGCUCCUACACAUAUUAUUGUAUUGUAUAAUGUCAUUUUUGUUAUUACUGAAUGUUUUGUGUUUGUUCAUGCCAACAUGGUUAGUCUGUGCCUUGCUUUCUUUACUAUAUUUAAAGGUCUUUCCACAUUUGCCUAAAACAUCAGGACUGAAAGACUAAAAAACAUUGCAAUUACAGAUGUGAAGAUGUAAAUGAAUCUAAUGCGGUGGAACACCACUGUUCUAUCCAAAGUUAAAAUAAAGAUAUAAAAAUAA